UUGCAUUCUAAUUACACAGAAGUGCUCCCCAAAGAAUUUAUCAUGUCCCACAAUCCUUCAUCCAUUAUGAGCCAGGCUCAUUCCUCUUCAACUUCUUUGAGCUGGUUUUCAUGGGCUUCUGAUACAGCAAGGAGCAGUAUGAGCCUUGGCUUCAGUCGAAAAGCUAUUGAUCUUUUUGUCAUCACAUUGGCUGGUAUUCUGCUGUUUCUCAAGCUUACAAAUAGGGCCAAGAAGCCAAAGGUGAAGAAAGGAAGUUAUCAAAUCAAGUUCCAGAGGAGUCUUUCCUUGGCAUCAUUGAGAGGUGGCAAUGUGGCUCUGCUCAGGAUGGUUGAUGCUCAGAGAGCACGGGUAGAUCCUUGCCAACUAGCAAGUGCCGAGCAUAGGUUCCGAGAGCUCAUAGCCGAAGACCCACCGAAAAUUGCGGAGUUGCAGAGGGAAGCUUCAAUAUUGGAAAUAAGUGGACAUGAAGAGGAAGCAAUAGAUAUGCUACAAGCAGCAAUUAGAAAGGCAGAGGAACGGCAUCAACCACAUGAGGCUCAUGAAUUGGAAAUGCUGCUUGUUGAGAUGCUUAUUUAUCAGGGAAAAUUUGAUGACGCAUUAAAAUGCAAGUGCUUGGGUGACAAAGAAAUAACCGAUGCUCGGCGACCGCUCUACAUGGCUGUGAUAGAUAUUAUUCUUGGGAAAUAUGAUAGUGCAAAAGAAUUGUGGGAGGAGUUUAAAGAGAUCCGAAGGCAUGUACGAGGACCAUCAGAAUUUUUUGCAAGUGAAGAAAUGAAUGAUAUCGCAUUUGAUUUUGAGAAGUUGAAAGAAAUUGUAGACGCGCUCAAUGAAGAGAUUAAACUUGCAUGGAAUGAGAAGGAUACCAAGUGAUGGGUUCAAAUGGCAAUGUCCUACCCUCUUAAGGCAAUCCCUUCCGAGUGUUGAACCUGUGAUUAGUUGCAUAAUGGGAAUUGUCAUUUCAUACAUUCUUUUUUUUCUUGUCUUUUUUCUUGAGAAACAUCAUGUCAUACAUUCACUUCCAUCUGUAACCCUGUCUAUUAAUACCUUAGGAACUCAAUUAUUAAAGAUUUGACCUCCUCAAUCUAGAGUAAAGAAGAAAAAAAACAAUUCAAAUGUCAUGUACAACCUAUAUAGUAUCGUAAAAAUUUCCCAAGUUUGAACAAGAACUGUCGAAUCUGUUUGGAUGAUCAAAACUAGGAGUUUAUAAAGUCAUCAAUUGUUUUUUCCUUUCUAUUUUAUAAAAAUACUCUCUUUUGAUUCUAACAUGAUUCUAAUAGGAUAUGAAAAAGAUAAAAAGAUGCAUACCCCCUUGCCUAAAAUCAAAUCCUAGAUAGCCCCCUCAGUCGACCGAAAACCUAUGGACCCCUCCAAGUUAAAAGAAAAGAAUGUUUAAUCCGCUUUGCACUCUUUUUAUUGUUAAAAUUUUAGUGUUCAUCCAUUUUACUUUUUCUAGUAACCCUUCAUACAAACUCUAAAAAAGCUCCCCCUUUCUUUUUCUCAUGCUCACCUGUAAACUUCUUCCUCUCUCUGUCUCUCUCUCUCUAUCAACAUCCUUCAACCCUCUUAUCUCUUUCUCAUCAUGUGAACCUCACAAAUAGGCCAAAAGAGACAUUUUAAUUUCUAAUUACAUGAUGGGGCUAUUAGAUAAAGAAAAAUAGGUAAAUGUUACAAUUUGGAUAGAGGAAAAUACAAGGAUAUGGCUUUGACUGAGUCUUCUGUGGCUCUGCCUUUGAACGUCUCACCUCAAUUGAAGGCUCUUCCUCUGCCCAUCUUGGGGCCCUGCGCUAAGGAGAUACCGGUGAAUUAGUCUCCUAUGGUGGCGAAGAAGAUGGAUGACAUGGGGAUGGAUGAUGUUCCUCUAAGUGUGGUGAUGAAGGACAUAAAGAAGCACAUAAUGGCUAGGAUUGCUGCUGACAAGGGGGAAGAGAUUGUUCGAGAGUUUGGCAAAAACCCAGUCAAGCAUAUUGUUGCAGCUUCCAAGACUCUUGUCAAAGGUGCUUCUUCUGCCAAAAAGAACAAGAUGUUUCAAAGAGGUGUCUAUUCAUCUGCUAGACAAGAGGCCCUUGGCAUCCCAAAAGGUGGUUCAUCUACUACAGCUAUUUCACUUUGUGAUUCAAUGGUGGUGGAUCUGGACUCAUCUUCGUCAACUUCGUCUUCUAGUGAUGACUAGCUCAAUGAGGCCUUAUUGUUGGAGGAGAUGUAUUUUUGCACUGGGCCCUAUGGACCAGGAUCCUCCUCUAACCCUCCCCCUUGUAGUUUUUAAGUGAAUUUGUUAUCUUGGAAUGUCAAGGGCUUAGGUGACCCGAUUAGGAAAAGGGAUAUUCUUUUCUUAGUUUUUAUGUAUAAACCGAUGAUUUUGGU